AAAUGCCGAGCAUGAAUUACAAUACGUCUACAACGAGUUGUAGUUUAGUAUCAGCUGAUGACACAGACGACGACAACUAAUUGAUUGAAUCUCUGUAUCGUACACUUGCGUUCCAAAGUGCCUAAUAAAGCGUCAUGUGGUGUCGUAACAUUUUGAGGACAUGUACCACCCACGAUAAGCCGACUACGUUUGCCUGCCUACAUUUUUUGACGAAUAACAAUUUCAAUGAUGUCACGUUGAAAUAUCCAGCGGGGUAUCCACGUUUGCUUGCUUUGAAUGCAUGUGAACGUACAAUUGGCGAUGUCAUCGAUCAGUGGAGUCGUCGAUUCGAGAACGACGGCAUACCGGAACCAAUAGAAUCGAUAAUGCAUAUAGUAGCGCAUGUUAUAGGCACUAAGAAGGUAAUAGAUGUCGAGAAUGCUAAAAAUAAUCGGCUCAAUGUAAGACAGAUCGAGAAAUUGGAGUCGUUAUGCCAAUGUCGAUUGUGUAGAAUGCCAGUUCAGUAUAUUAUCGGCGAGUGGGAUUUCCGGGACAUUACCUUGAAGCUCGAACCACCGAUUUUCAUUCCUCGCCCGGAGACCGAAAUACUGGUGGAUUAUUUGUUGAAAAGAUUAAGUUCGUCGCAUCAAACCGAUAAUUGUGAAGUUCUAGAAAUUGGUUGCGGCUCAGGCGCAAUAUCGCUGGCUCUCGCUCACGCUUGUAAAAUAAUCAAGUGCACGGCGGUUGAUGCAAAUCCGCACGCUUGCGAUUUAACGGUGACAAAUCGAAACAAGCUAAACUUAACGGAGCAAGUCACUGUAAUAAACGCGAUCCUGAACUCAGACGCGAGUAUCGAAGUUUUGGGUAAAUUGAAUGGUGCCGGUGACACGGAUUUGAAUUCAAGACUGUUUGAUUUUGUGGUCAGUAAUCCACCGUAUAUAACAUCGAAGGGAAUAUCCAAACUGCAACCUGAGAUAAAGAUUUAUGAGGAUCUCAUAGCGUUGGAUGGUGGCGACGAUGGACUGAAGGUGAUCAAACCGCUCUUAAAAUACGCUGCCAAAGUAUUAAAACCCGGCGGACGUCUCUUCAUGGAAGUUGAUUACGAUCAUCCGAAAUAUAUACAAUUUUUUACAAAUAAGUAUUCCGAUUUGAAGCUUCAUCACGAACAUACUUACAAAGAUUUUAAUAAUAUUGAUCGUUUUGUGGAAGUAGUGAAAGUCUCUUGAAAAGCAAUUCUUAAUGCCAUAUUCACUGUAUUAUUUUGUAUAAAUAUGUAUAUUUUUUGUAUAUAUUAUAUAUUUUUAUUUAUAAAA